AUGGGUGACUGGGAAUUGGAAACCAUCACAGCCACGGACUCUGCGAACCAGACAGGCAUCUCGGUAUUCAUCCUGUUGGGCCUGUCCAAUGACCCUGGGCAGCAGCAGCUCCUCUUUGUGCUCUUCCUGGAUCUGUACAUGAUCACGGUGGAAGGGAACCAGCUCAUCAUUCUGGCCAUCCGGACAGACUCCCACCUCCACUCUCCCAUGUACUUCUUCCUCACCAACGUGUCCCUGGUCGAUGUCUGUUUCUCCUCCACCACCAACUCCAAGAUGCUGGCCGACAUGCAGACCAGUAGCCACACCAUCUUCUAUGCCGGCUGUCUGAGCCAGGUGUAUUUCUCAUUUUUAUUUGGAGGCCUGGACGACAUCCUCCUGGCUGUGAUGGCCUAUGACCGUUUCAUGGCCAUCUGCCAACUCCUGAGCUAUGUCACAGCCAUGAGCGCCUGGUGCUGUGUCCUGUUGGUGGUUGCCUGCUGGGUCACCUCUCAGUUCAAUUCCUGCUCCUCCGAUGACAGCAGCGCCUAG